AAACCGUUUUAACGGGCGGUUAGCAGUUAGCAUGCUAACGAGCCCGGAGACGCGUUCGCUGCUGAUGACGUAUCAUCGCAGCGUAGGCAACGUCAUUACGCAAAGACGCUGCAGCUUCGGGGAUCCCGGAAGCGUCCUCGCUUUGUUUACGUUCUGCUCUUUGUUCGGUGGGAGUUCCGCCAAAAUGUCCAAAAGACGGUCCAAAAGCAGCGAGAGCCGGAACCUGCGGGCCGCCGUGGAGCAGCAGCUGGCGGCGGCCGCGGAGGAGAUCUUCUGCCUGCUGAAGGAGCGCCGGGAGGCGGCCGUGGAGGAGCUGAGAGACCUGGUCACGGAGCGGGUCACCGCGGCCGUGGACCGCAUCCUCACCGUGUUCCAAGCGACCAGGGCGGCCGAGAGAGGACCGGAGGAGUCCGUCCAGAGUCUCUCUGAUGGGAAACACCUGCAGCAGAACAUCUCUGACGACCGACCAGGUCUGAAGGAACCUCAGCCCGGCACUUCCUCCAGACCAGAGGACGUUUCAGAACCCGACCACCGGCCGGCCUCUCCGGACGACCCGGACGGUGACGAGGAAGAUGACGAUAACGACCAAGAGGCGGCGCCUCACUGCUGCAGAGUGUGCGGGAAGUCCUUCGACAGGAAAGGCUUUUUGAUGAAACACGUGGAGAAACACUUGAAGGAGGCGGAGUCUCUGUGCGGGCUGUGCGGCGAGCGUUUACAAUCCAGUGACGGUCUGAGGCUGCACCUUCAAACGCACCGUGACAGCAGCCGGACCUGCGACGUCUGCGGCAAGAAGUUCCCCUCCAUCCGAGCUCAGGAGACGCACCUGAGGCUGCACACCGGAGAGAAACCGUUCAGCUGCCACUUCUGCGGCAAAGGCUUCAACCAGAAGGGCAACAUGGUGACGCACAUGAGGAUCCACACGGCGGAGAAGCCGUUCAGGUGCAGCGUCUGCCACAAAGAGUUCAGCCACGCCGGCUCUCUGGAGCGACACAUGAAGAACCACAACGGACAGACGCCCUUCAGCUGCAAAGUCUGCGGCAAAGGCUUCAGCAAGAGCGCCGAGCUGAGGCGACACGUCCGGAGCCACGAGUCCGACAGCACGCCUCAGACCAGGGGCAGACGCAGGAAACCGAGUCUGACUCCUUCUCACUGCUGCAAGGUCUGCGGCAACGCCUUCCACAACAAAGGGAACUUUGUGCGGCACGCAGAGACUCAUUUAAACGCUCCCGACUGUCGCUGUGGCGUCUGCGGUGAGCAGUCCGAGACCUCGGAGAGUCUGCAGCUUCACAUCCAGAGCCACAGAGAAACCAGCAGGAUCUGCGACAUCUGCGGCAUCAGCUUCAGGGACAUGGAGAUCCACAUGAGGACGCACACCGGCCAGAAACCCUUCAGGUGCAAAGACUGCAACAAGGACUUCCCCAGGAAAGGUUCCCUGGAGAGACACAUGAAGCUGCACGCCGGCGAGAGGCCCUACAUCUGCGAGUUCUGUGGGAAGACUUUCAUCGAAAACACGGUUCUGAAGAGACACAUCAAGAGCCACACGGGAGGGAAGCCGAGGAUCUACUCCUGCGACGUCUGCGGCAAAAAGUUCACCAUGAGCCAGCACCUGGACGUGCACAAGAGGAUCCACACCGGGGAGAAACCGUACACCUGCAGGGUCUGCGGGAAGAACUUCCGGCAGAUCGGCAACCUGGACUCCCACAUGAGGAUCCACACGGGCGAGAAGCCGUUCAUCUGCAGCCUCUGUGGGAAGAGGUUCCGCCAGAAGAUCUCGCUGGAGACGCACGAGAGAUUCCACAAGAAGGAGAAGCAGUUCAGCUGCCAGCUCUGCAGCAAAGGCUUCGUCCAGAAGAUCGACCUGAAGAGACACAUGCUGACGCACACCGGGGAAAAACCGUACAGCUGCCUGGUCUGCGGGAAGAGGUACCAGGAGAAACGCUCGGUGGACUCGCACAUGAAGGUUCACACCGUAGAACGGGCCGCCAAAGAUUCAGCUGUGACCCCGAACAUGAAACGACAGGAAGGAGUUCAAGCAGACUUCAUCCAGCUGUGACCUGCAGAGGAACACCUGAACUGGGACUCUUUGACUAAUCUGGUCCCGGGGACCAGCUGAGUUCCCCUGAAGGAACUGGCUCUGGGGGAAGGGAUCAGGCGCUGAACUUCUCCAACUGGUCAAACACAAAGCUCAGACAGAAGCUCUGAGGUUGGCUGCAUCUCUGAUGGAUUUUAGAUUUCUAACUUCACUUCCUGUGGUCAGAUUCUGCUGCCUGACCAUGUGACGGCGUUCAGAUACAAACAGAUCAGCUGGCAGACGGCCGGCCAGAUCUUCACCGCGGUCGGUGAGAAGACUUGAAAUCCACAGGUGAUGCAGCGGAGAGAGAACAGCGGCAGUGACGUCACUUCCUGUCGUACAGCAGUAACGUUAGUGUAAAAGUCUGACGGACAGCGUGGCGAACAUGUCUGAAAGGGCUCCUGAUCCUGGUUCAUGUGGUCUAACAGGACCCCUCCUGUGUUGGGAACUGGUUCACGUGUUUGGUUUGAGUCGACCUGCUGUGUGAAUCAGAACCAACGUGUGAAGAAGCCUCAUGUUUCAUUUAAAGAGCACAGAGACACAUUUUACUGUUUUUGGUUUUCAGAGUUUCCCGCUCUGCUGCUUCCUCUUCUAAGACUCUGAGGGACCUGAAGAGACUGAUUCCUGCUGGGUGCAGGAUUUCAGCUGCUCAACAUGUCGGGGUCUGAUUUUAUUAUAUUACUGGUCACUAAAUCCAAAAUGGCCGCCGUAUAAUUAAUCCGUUUGAACAGCUGAUCAGGGUCGUUGUGCUGUUUUUAAUUAAAUAUGAGUUUCCAUGUUUUCACAUCCUCACAGUUUCUUUCGGUUUGCUUUUACACAGCGUGCCGACUUUCUUUAAUCGGGGUUGUGAUGAUCAGCAGCGAGUGAAAUGAUCAGUUAAUUAAUGCAGAAAUCAAUCACCUGCACAUGUUGUUAUUGAUGUAAUGAAGCAGGAUCAGAGGCGUCCGCUGCAGCUCAGGUAGUUUCACUUUUCAGAUCUGAACAAUAAAGAAUGUGUUUUUAAAGUGGAACCAGCUUCCUGUUUCCUGUAAAAACAAACCGACAAUAAAGCGUUUCAGAGUCA